AUGGCGUUGAAACGCAAGGGUUCGACAUUGCAGACGUCUGUUGAGAUCUUGAGAUGCAAGUUUGGGAAGCCUGCAGGUUUACCAGAGGGCGACGGGACGUUUGAGCCAUCGAAGGACUGGACCCCCAUAUACUAUGCCGUCUUCCACCAACGGGAAGCCGCACUGUCACAUUUUCUACGAGCUGGCGGAUCGCCAGAUGAUGUUACUAGCUUGGGAAUACCACCGCUGUGCAUCGCUAUCGCCAAUGGACAUGCCAGUAUCGCGAGGAUACUCCUGAAUGCUGGUGCAAACGUCGAUGCUGCGAUGACGGUCGGUGGUGAGACAGCAUUGCACUUGGCUGUCAAGAACGGUCGUAGUGAUCUUGUCGAACUUCUUAUCCCGUAUGGACCCAAUCUCGAGACCAAAACAAAUCAAUCCGGCGAGACACCUCUUCACUACGCCGCAUCUAAAUCCGGAUCGCUAGCAACCGUCACGACGCUGCUCAAGCAUGGUGCUAGUUAUGAAGCACUCAACGUCCACAGUCAAACGCCAGCAGAGGCUGCUCUCAAAUCCAAUAACAUCCAAGGCGCCGUGGCGAUUAUUAACGCCGCACAUGGCAAGCGCAACAAACUUGAGAAAGAGAGGGAAAUGCUGCUCAAGCAUGUGCAGAAGACGCAAGGCCGUUUCUCGAUGGGCAACGACCUCAUCGCCGACAUCUUCACCGCAGCCUGCGGUGCAGAAUCCAACGUUCUUGUGGAAGCAAUCAAGAGGAAUGACGCCAGUUUGGUGGAGAUGUUCCUAGAGAAGGGCUCGGAUCCAGAUCGAGAGGCAGCAAAUGGUCUUCGACCCAUCUUCGUGGCACUAGAAUGCGCUGGAGCACCAGUGAUUACUGCGCUUCUCAAACGUACCCCAGACCUUACCGCCCGUGAUGGCAGGGGUCUUACUGUACUCCAAGCCACUUUCGAAAGCCCAUUGGCGCAGGAAAAGGAGUCAAUGUCCAUCAUCCUGGGUGCGCUGCUAGAGCAAGGCGCUGAUGCUACUGUAACGUACCCAGAUGGCAAGACACUGCUUCAUCAUGCCGUGUCUACACGUUUCAGCAACACCAAGAUCGCAAAAUUGCUCAUCGAUGCUGGCGCGGAGAUCGAUGCGCGAGACCAAGACGGCGAUACACCUUUGCAUCUUGCUACUCACAGUAGAUCCUGCACAGAGUUGCUACUGAGGCACAAAGCGAACCCCAACCUAACCGAUGCUGACGACCUCACGCCUUUGCUCAAUGCUACUGCGAACGGCAAGAAGGACAAAGAGUCAGACCUGGAGUCUUUGGUCAAAGCAUCCGACAUACGCAGGACCAACGCGAACGGACAGACAGCUCUACAUCUUGCCGCUAUGAAUGGCCUAGAGAAGACCGUGCAGUUAUUACUCCGAGCUCGCGCAAAUACCGCCAUUGGCGACAAGGACAAGAACACGCCGCUUCUUCUUGCUGUGAAGCAUCAGCAAUGGUCUGUUGUACCACUUCUCACGAUACCACCAAGCAUCAAUUCCUGGGAUGAGGAUGGUAUGAGCCCUCUGCACCUAAUUGCUCAAAGCACACCUAAAGCGCCAGCAACCUGGAAAGACAUUGCUGCCAUUGUUGGCCCAUUCUGUGAUCGUGGUGUCAGCAGGACUACGCGCGAGCGAUCGGGUGCCACGCCGCUCAUUCUUGCGAUCAAGGCGCUUCCAGAGGACGGCCUGCCCGUGGUUGAAGCUCUCUUGGUACAGAAGCAGGACCGAAAAGCGAGUCGGAAUUGCGUCAACCACGAGGAUCACAAGAAUCAAGACGCAUUGUUCUACGCCGUGACGAUGGGCAAGCCUGUCUUCGUGAAUGCGCUGCUUAAGCAUGGCGCUACUUCCGACUUCCAGGAUUGGGUACCCGGAGCCAGCCAGUUGCAGCCUACUGUUGAGGCUGACAAGCAGAUCCUGAAGCUCUUUGCAGAGUACGAGUGGACCAAGCGCGCAGGAGUACUGCGCAGACGGCCAAGCAACCCUGUAGCGGAGGUCUCGGCUUUCUCUACUACGUUACCUGUCAAGGAUCUCGAACACAUGAUCGCAAUGGGCCUAGACGUUAAUACCUUACCGAGAUCGGCUUUGGGCGUGUCGUUACUGUGGGCUCUCCUCCGACACAUUACACUUACACCAUCGAUGCCAGAGGACUACGUGCUAGAAACUCUAUGUGUUGUUCUCAACGCGGGUGCUAAUCCGAAUGCGUGCAUACCACGGAGCUCAACAUCGGCACAGUCAGCAUCGACUUCGAAGCAGAGUACAGUUUUGACCCAGCAUCCUCUCACAUUCCUGCUUGAACAGUACCCUGAAAUCACUUUGGACGUGAUAAGCCUGUUGCUCGCGAAGGGCGCACAAUUGACAGUCGCGUCCGCAUUUUCCAACGGUCGGUUGCCGUUGCACUCAGCAGUCAAGGCGAAUCGCUUCGACGUGGUACAAGAGUUCUUGCUCCAUGGAGCUGAGGUGAACAGCGUUGACCUGGAUGGAAGAACACCACUUUACAUGGCUGCUGAGCGCGGAGAUUGGGAAAUCCUCAACUCAUUGCUUCGUCACGGCGCUAAGAUUGACAUAUCUGACGUGGAGCAGAACAGCCCUCUGCAUGCGGCAGCGGCUGGCGGAAGUGACAAGAUCAUUGCCUCUCUGCUGUAUGAAGGCGCCAAAACGAACGUAAAGAACGCGAGAGACUUGACACCGGUCUCCUGCGUGGCCGAAGAUCUCCCUGAGGGAGAGAAGAGCUUGAUAGUAGACAUGCUCAAAGCCGCGGAAGAGAAGGAACAGGCAGCUGAAGAAGAACAACUAAAACAAGCCGCUGCCAUUGCAGCAUACGAAGCGAAGAUGCAGCAAUUGAAGGAGGAAGAAGCAAAAGCAAAGUUGCACCGAGAGCUAGAAGCAGAAGCUCGCAUCCUGAAAGCCAACGAAGAAGCUUCCGCAAAACCGCUACGCGAACAACCUACACUACCAGCCCCAAUGCCCACAUCACCGCCACUCCCUACCGCCCGAAAACCGUCUUUCCUAUCUCGAAAAGCCUCGUCUCUCUUCAACAAAUCCAGAUCUGCACCUCCCCCUCUCGACAACCUACCAAAGCCAAGACACGCUUCUCUCUUCCGUCUCCGCAUCAACACGCCACCCCCCUCGAAGCAACAGCAAAGUAACAACCUCGAACCGCCCGUCCGACCCAUCGCCAUUCCCUCCCCUCAUAUCCUCGCUAGCCCCGACUUCUUCAGCACAGAGUUCAACAAUAUGAUGGAUCCACGACCCGUCGUCGCACUACCAGCUACGAUCCAGCGCCGCACGACUGCGGCACGCGUGGACAGCGGGCUGAGUGAGAGACGAAGUAGUAUAAUGGGCAUGUUGGAUCUAGAAAAGGUCAAUGAGAAGUUGAGCAGUCCGGAGCUGAGGGCGAGGGAAAUUGCGGGCAAGAGGGAGAGUAGUGGGGAGGAGCUGGCAGAUUGGUUGGCUUUGACGAGGAUGAUGGAUGGGUUGUGA